AUGCUACUUGAAGGAAGCAAGCAGGAUGGGAUACUGCCAGGUUUCCCAAGCCCAGACAGAGGAAGUCGAGAGGCAGAGGUCGGGUUCGAACCACGAACCUUCCGGUCAUACAUCGGUUUGAUUCUUCCUUCUAUUCAAUCAAUAAAGCAACUUUUGCUUCCAACUGGUCGGAUGGUUGGUGGUACGGCAAUGCUGAACGCUAUGCUGUUCUCCUUUGGGCACCCCGAAGAUGAGACUUUCCGGUUGUUUAGUCAAUGGAAUCCACGCUUUUUUAGCGAGCUGUAUCAAGAACCAGGACAUCCAGAACAAGUCCUCACAUGUUGCAACCCCAACCUGGAGGGCCAGGAGACUGUGUUCAUCAGACCUCUAACCAUUGACCAACCUGGAUGUCACUUUUCCCCCACACUCAAUUAUCGUCAUCUUCUUAAUGAGAAGUUCCACGUUGCACUUUCUGAAGUAUUCAAAUCUCUGGGUUUUCCCGUGAGAGACAGUCCGGAUGGCUGGGUUAAAGAAGGUCUGCAAACACCACUGGUUUUUGUUCAGAAUUACGCACGCUGGAGUUCAUACGCGAAUUGUCUGGAGCCCCUCCUACAACACGAAGAUGCCCAAGUCACCAUUCUUCCUGAAACACUGGUUGAAAAGUUGUCAGAGAGCGAAUUCGCUCACCUGAAGGUCCGUGGCUCGGACCUGACCCCCGCAUCUCGACUUCCCCUGUCUAGGCUUGGGCAACCUGGUAGUAUCUCAUCCUUCGUACUCGAUUCGGGUAGCAUGACAGAUAGGCGCCGGACGGGUGCUACAGCUGAACAAACUAAUAUGUGCACUGUUCUCUUUGAUCCCCAUAAGCCCGGAUUCGUGAAAGGUGUUGUUGUUGCCCACAAAUCAGCUAGUUUCCCCAUCUGGUUGUCCAAUGCUAGCGAAGCGAACCCGAUUCAUCCCCUUCCGGAGCCCAGCAAUAUCACGAGUUUGCCUGUGGGGUUAAACUUACACGAUCAUCCAAUGAUUGUACUCGUGUGCACGUUUCAGAAGCCAGUUGCUAUCAACACUAAAGUAGUGACACCUUUGGAGAUGCUGCGAUACAUCUGGUCCGGAAAAACCAGCUCCACACCCUCGAUUCUAUUCACACUGUGGUGCUUAGUAAUUUCCAUCGCCUCGGCUCUCAGCCGCUGUGGUGUGAAUCGUAGUCCCCGUCUUAAAAAUUCCAAAUUCUUCAGAUCUACUCUAUGUCCCGUGUCUACGGCAUGUGCCGCCAUCGCUGAGUCUUUGACCAGCGUUUGGUAUUCUUCCACAUUCCCUAAUGGUUUGUUAAUCCUUCUUUUAUGCUCACCAAUUCUGGUGUGCAAUUCCCUGACAGUUUGUCCCAUACAAAUCUUAGCGCAAUCGUUGCAAUUAAUUUUAUACGCACAUUCUCUGGUCCUUCCAACCGACAGGGGACCUUUCACUUGCGCCAAAACUGAGCGUGAUGAUACUUCAGUCCCUUUAAUUGGCGACUAUCUUCCUCUUUUAGGCGCUUUAUCGCAAGCAGGAGCCAUUUCUUCUGUCGCCUAUUUGCGAACCAGUCUGCAGAGGAUUCAGAAUUCAUCCAAGCCAGACAUUCAAUUCACUUUCAUUGCGGCAGCCGUAUUUGAACAGGAAAUAUUUCAAAAGCUCACUGUUUAUUCUAACAUAUCUCUUCCACUUGCCCUGAAAAGUAGUGACACCCAUGCACACGGAUUGGCAUACCAGAGUUUAACUCUGUUUAACCACUUAGAUGAAAUGUAUUCAGCACUUUGGUGCCAAAGGAGUCCUACUGCACUUUUCUGA